GUCUUUUCCGCGUCGCCACGGUUUUUCGCUCCAUCCUCCAAAACCCUCGCUCCACUCCGAACCCAGACGGAGCGACGCACGGGCCACGCCGUGGCCAUCGCCCGUGUUGGGCACCGGAUGUCGACGCGAUGAGUGCCUACUACACGGAGAGGCGGCGACCCAAAGGCGAUGCCAGGUUGGCUUCGAUCCUCGAGCUGCUCGGGCGCUUGGAUGCCAGUGGAACUGGGCUCCUGCAGCGCCAGCGCUUGGUGGCCUUGAUCUCUAGCUUGGUUCCUGAGAUGACCCCGCAGUCCAUUGACUUGCUGAUGGACAGCAGUAUGCAUGCUGACCAGGUGAAUGUGAGGUAUUCGGACUUCCUCGCAUGGCUCUUCGAGGGUCUCGGACGGGCCGGGCCGUCGCUCCCGGGCGCCAUCUCUGUGGCCACCUGGAAUGUGGCAGCAGUGAACAACAACCCAUUUGAAUAUUGGCUGGCGCACGAUGAUCCGUGCUACGUGAAUCUGAUGGUGGCCAUCGAGACCUGCCUCUCAUCGCCUUCCCCUUCGUGGGAUGUGCCUGUGCGUGAGAUCUUCACAGAGGGGAUGUUCCAAGAGUUGAAGGCUCUCAUGUUGGAGCACGACAUUGCUGGAGUGGAAGAGGUGGAGGAGUCGAUGUGGCGAGAAGAUCUGCAAAAACGCCGUGUGGUGUCAGAGUUCAUCAAAGACAAGUCCUUGGGCUCCAAGCGUCUCAUCUCCAUGCCGGACCGCAUCACCAACACGGUGCAAGUGGUGACCCGGGCGGCGAGCGAGUACAAGCCGCCGCCGGCCUGUCGACCCACGGUCGCUUGGUGAUUUGUCAACCCUGGAAGUCUGGUGGGACUCCUGGAAGAGGUUUAUGUUCUGCCAGCCUUUGGCAGUGAGGAGCCACCAGGGCAUCUCCGUUCGUUUGCCCUGCCACAUGCUGGAGCCAAUCCCACGGAGCAAAUAUCCUGCACUCUCGGAGAAAGAGGAGCGGUUAGCAAUCCCACUACAAAUCCUAUGCCAGGCCAUUUUUGAUGCUGUUCUGGUGCAUCUCAUGCACCACUGCUCACCCGACGGAACCUGGCAAGUGGUGAAGAGCCAAAUUGGUGACCAUUUGUACCGGUGCAAGGCUCAACGAACGAUGGAGAUUCUGGAGACGAAAUACAGCACAGUUGAUGUUGUCUUCCUCCAAGAGGUUGCCAGCAACUUCUGUGACUUCUUCCAACGCUCUGCCCUAGCGCAGAGCUUCACCUGUGUGCUGCCUCGGAGCAUGGAUGGGAAGCGCGAUCAGAACUCUCUUCUCCUGCUUUCGACCCAGUUCUUUGAGCCCCAGAUCCAGGAUGUGACCUCGGUCAUUGAGGAGUCAAUGGAGGAUGGCGUUCGCUUGGUGAGCAGUGAUUUGGUGGCCGUGCUGGCAAAGGGUCGUGAUCAGAGGUCCUAUUUGCUGGCCUCCUUUCACGGAGACACCGCUGGCAGAAUGACUCUGCCCCUGCUGCGCGCUUUGGUCUCGGCUGCGGCCCAGCGCUACCCGAGGCACAUCUUGAUUGUGGGCAUGGAUGCCAACAGCUAUGACCCUGCGAAGGAUGAACAGCUGCCUUUUACCAGGCUUAUUGAAGCUUGGUGAAGACACUGGGCCUCACCACGUGCUGGGGGGAGGAUCCGGACCGGAUGAGCUGCAGAACCACCUGUUGUGCGCGCACCUCCUUGCAGCCUCAGCUGAAUAAGGCGAUCAGCUACAAGGACUGUGUCUCACAGAGUGAUCGAAAUCCAAAGGAUUUGAUCACUUUCAAUCGGCAACAGCUGCGGUUGCUCAGCCCACAAGAGGUCGGUCAGCCGAACCCGUUGAAAGACAACACGGGGCAGCUGCACUACGAGGAGUCCAUGAACUUCCCAACCUUCGACUUCCCCUCAGACCAUGCCAUCGUCGCCGCCUUGCUCCAGCAAGUGGCGUAGCUUCUUCAUUGCCAAGGAGUGUUGGUGUUCGACCAGUUGCUAUGUGAGCUCCUUUUUUUGGGCAGAUGCUCCGGCAAGGGCACAAAGAGAUGGUAGAGGA